AUGGUUUCUGCUAUGACCAACAGGAAGACUUCAUUGAAAGGCCUGUUUCUAGCCACCAUGCUGCUGGCUAAUAUGUUCCUUUCAAGGAAGUGUGUAACAUCUUCACCCAUUUGCCCUAAUGGGUCCGACAAUUGCCAGGUUUCUCUUGGGGACCUUUUUGACCGGGCUGUUAAACUAUCCCAUUAUAUCCACUCUCUGUCUGCUGAAAUAUUCAACGAAUUUGAUGAACGCUAUGCUCAGGGCCGGGGUUUCAUUGCAAAGGCCGUUAACAGCUGCCAUACUUCUUCCCUAACCACUCCUGAAGAUAAAGAACAAGCUCAGCAGAUACAUCACGAGGACCUAUUAAAUCUAGUUUUGAGUGUACUCCGUUCCUGGAAUGACCCUCUAUUGCACUUGGUCUCUGAAGUUGAACGAAUCAAGGAAGCUCCUGAUACCAUUCUUUGGAAGGCCAUGGAGAUUGAGGAGCAAAAUAAACGACUUCUUGAGGGGAUGGAGAGAAUAGUGGGACGGGUUCGCCCAGAUGACUUAGGCAAUGAAGUCUAUUCUAGAUGGACUGGUCUCCCUUCCCUCCAAUUGGCUGACGAAAAUUCCCGCCUCUUCGCCUUCUACAAUCUGUUGCACUGUUUGCGUCGGGACUCCCACAAAAUUGAUAACUAUCUGAAACUCCUGAAGUGUCGCCUCAUUUAUGACAGCAACUGUUGA